AUGAUGCAGCAGCAGCAGCGCUGGCAAACAGCAGCAGCAGCAGCAGCAGGGCCCCACCCCCGAGCCUCUUAUUCGGGAGAGGCCCCCUACAUGUGGCUGCCGCCGACUUCGGCGUCGGCCCCAACUGCAGCAUCAGGGGCCCCCAUGGGGGCCCCUUUGGGGACCCCCUUGGGGCCCCCCAUGGGUUCUACUUUGGGGGCGUCAAUGGCGUCGUCUAUGGGGGCUACCGUGGGGGCCCCCCUGGGGGCCCCCCUAGGGGCCCCAUUGGGGGCCCCCUUGGGGGCCCCCCUGGGGGCGCCCCUCGGGGCUUCCCUGGGGGCCCCUGGGCUGGUUGAAAACCCCAACAGCCGCCGCGCUGUGCGGAUUAUAAAUUUGAAGCCAAUGAGAGAGCUGAGGGUGCUGCUGCUGGACACUCAAGAGGCCCAAGAGGCAGCAGCAGCAGCAGCAACAGAUGAGACACAGGUUGUUGCUGUCAAGCUGCUGGGGCCUGGGCCUUCGGAGCGGCCUGGGGCCCGCGGGCUUCGCGUGGGUGCAGGAGCAGCAGCAGCAGCAGGCGGCGGCGCAGCUUCUGCAGCAGGACCUGCAGCAGGAGCAGCGGGAGCCGCAACAAGCGCAGCAGCAGCAGUAGCAGCAGCAGGAACAGCAGAAAUAUUCGGACUCGAGCUGCUGCCAGAUAUAGAAGUCACUCUUCCUCCUGCUGCUCGGCUGGCCAUCUUCACCUGGGGUGGAUGUACACUCCAAGUCCGAGGGCCUGUGCACCAA